AUGAAUAUUCUUAGAGACUAUGAUCAAAGAUCACCAAUUGUAGCGAUAAAUGGAAUAUGUGCAACAAGUCAACCAUUGGCAUCACAAGUUGGAAUUGAUAUUCUUAAAUCAGGUGGAAAUGCUGCUGACGCUGCUAUUGCAAUGGCUGCAACUUUGAGUUUAACUGAACCAUUUUCAACAGGUUUGGGAGGUGAUUGUGUCGUAAUGUUUUGGAAUAACAAAACAAAAGAGAUAUCUUCAAUCAAUGGAAUUGGAAGAUCACCAAUGAAUCUUACCAUUGAUAGUUUGGAAAGUAAAGAUAAAUUCGGUGAUCAAUUUCAUACAAAGAGUGUUCAUGCUGUUACAGUGCCUGGUGCUGCCGCUGCAUGGUGUGACACAAUCAAGCAAUAUGGGAGUGGAGAUCUAACAUUAUCUCAAAUAUUUCAGCCUACAAUCGAUUAUUGUGAACAAGGUGUUCCAAUACAAGUUAAAACUUCUUACAAUUGGAAAUAG